AGUGCGUAAUGCACUUCCUGCGUUCUAAAAAGCAUUAUUAUGUCGCUGUCAGCAAAAAAAUAGUAGGGCUUAAUGCAAUUUUUUUAUGAUAAUAAUAAUCCUAAGGAAUUCAGUAUGUGACAUAAACUAUCGACUUAAUUUAACGUUUAAUUUAAUUGUUGUUCUGGACGGAUGUAAAUGAAUGACCUUUGAGAAAGUUGAAACUCUAGUGGACAAACAAAAGGUUUUUAAGCUGUACUCAUUAUAGCAUGGAUUGAUUGCUGUCAGAAGGAUGGAGUACGAAAAUAAUGGCCCAUCAAAACAUGGCCCAUUAACUGUUGAAUGUGUAGAGAACGGAGACAUUGAUUAUGACCUCCUCAGUCCCAAGGACAGACAAAAACCAUGCAUGCCUUGGUUUGGUCUAGACAUUGGUGGCACACUUACCAAGUUGAUCUACUUUGAGCCAAAAGACUUUACAGAGCUGGAGGAGGAACAGGAGAAAGAGACGGCCAAAACUAUACGAAAGUAUUUGGUAGGAAACACGGCAUAUGGGACCUCAGGGAUACGAGAUGUUCAUCUAGUAAUGAAGGACCAAUUGAUUGGGGGACGCAGGGGAAGUUUGCAUUUUAUUCGGUUUCCAACCAGUAGCAUGGAGGGGUUCAUAGACUUGUGCAAAGCUAAACACUUUAACACUUUAGUGACAGAGAUUUGUGCAACAGGAGGAGGAGCAUACAAAUUUGAAGAAGACUUUAUAAAGGCAGUAGGCCUUCGUCUUCAUAAGUUUGAUGAACUAGAGUGUCUUUUGAAAGGAGUACACUACAUAGACAGACACAAUGAAAAAGAGUGUUACUAUUGGAAGUACCCAGAGGACCCUGAUAAAUGCCAAAAAGUCCCAUUUGACUUUAGAGACCCUUACCCUUAUUUGAUCGUGAAUAUAGGAUCAGGAGUUAGCAUCUUGACUGUCCAUGGACCAAAUAAUUACCAGAGAGUCAGCGGAACAAGUUUAGGAGGAGGCACCUUCCUGGGGUUGUGCUGUUUAUUGACCGGAUGUCAAACAUUUGAGGAGGCAAUCGACCUGGCAUCUCGAGGUGACAACAAGAAAGUGGAUAAACUUGUGAGGGAUAUCUAUGGGGGCGAUUACGAGAAGUUCAAACUGAGCGGCGACACCGUGGCCAGCAGCUUUGGACACAUGAAUCAAGCUGAGAAAAGGGAGAAAGCUAGUAAAGAGGAUCUAGCUCGAACAACGCUGAUUACACUGACCAAUAACAUAGGCUCCAUUGCUCGGAUGUGUGCUCAGACUCAGGGUUUAGAGAGGGUAGUAUUUGUGGGAAACUUUCUACGUGUGAACACAAUUUCCAUGAAACUCCUGGCCACGGCAAUGGACUAUUGGUCGAAUGGCGCUUUGAAAGCCCUGUUCUUGGAACAUGAGGGCUACUUUGGUGCUAUGGGUUGCCUAAUGGAGUAUGUUGGGUCAAGUGGUUCACUAAGCUUUGACAAACCUCAGCAAACUGACAAUGAAGCAUCCCAAAGGGAUCCUGUGUAACACAGAAUAUUGAACAUUAUCAAGCACCUGCUAUCGUGGUUAUUAUAUCAUUAAGAGUAUUACAAACAAUAUAUAUAUAAUGUUUGCAUGUCAUUGGAUAUGUCUUCAAAGUUAUGCAUAAUUAUAUAAUUUAUUUCAAUGAUUCCAGAUUGUAAUUCAGUGUAAUCUGUAUUAGAAAACCAUUAUGUUUAAUCAUAUGAUGAUAUGAAAUAGUAUAAAUGAUAUGCAAAAAGUUUUUAUAUGUCACUAUUUGGGCUGAAACGAUAUGCCUCCUCCACAGUACGAUACAUAUUGCAAUACUUAUGCCAUAAAUCAAUACCUUCAAUACGAUACAAUUUACAGAAGAAACCAAUAAUGACAUUGAAGAAAAAUUUAAUUACCAAUAUUCGAAAUCUUAAUUUCAAAAGCAGUGUUCCCAAACUGCCAAACGGUAAGAUAUGCCUGUUGGAUCUAUAGUUUAAACUGAUAAAGUUCAUUAUUAUCAGACUCAAGGCAAUUAAACAACAGUCUGAAAGUUAUUCGACGCUAUUUUGCCCCUCAUGCAGGUAAAAAUAUUAAGUACAGGCUGCAUGAGCCUGAUGUAUUUUACUGAACCCGUUUUUAAUAAAUGUAUGGAACCAAAAAUCAAGGCAAUGAAUCGAACAUUGAAUCGAGUGUUUAUAUUGAACAGUGUCAAUAUUUCGGUGAAUCGUUUCAGCCCUAUAGUCACCAUUAACUCUAAAUUCAUUAUAUUAGAAAAGUGCCAAUCUCCACAAGAUUUGUAUAUACAUGUAUCAGAUCAUAAGAACAUAAAGUAUUAUAAUAUACAAGUAAUUGUAUUGGAUGGUUAACACCAUGUACCACAGCUAAAACAUGGGUAAUGAUUCCCCAUGGUGUUUUGAUUUACUAGGGAUUUAAGUUAAACAUAAAAUGAAAAUUGUAGAUUUUAUGCCAUAGAGAUGGAUAUGAAUGUUGACGAUGCUGUUUGAUUAAUUGUAUGUAAAAUCACUUAAGUGUUAAUAGAUUAAGGAAUAGAGAGAUUGUACAUUAUUUUGUUGAUGAAGAUCGACUUAUCAUUUCUUGGAGUGGAAUUCAGGGUAUGACUACAAGCAAUGGAUGAUAAGUGAUUUUAUAGUUAUUUUGAAAAAUAUUUGUGUAUAAGUAAUUAGCUUUAUGAAGGGUGAGGUUUACAGGGGAUCACAAGUAAUUUUAGCCAUAAGAGGUUAUUUUAUCUUCAUUUUUAGAACAAAAUGUGACAUUGUAUUGAAUACUAUAGUAUUUUAAUACACAAAUUUUAAAUGUGCUUGAAAUCAUACCAUUAUUUCCAUUAAAAUUACAGAAUAUAUAUAUUGUAUUAAAUUUGAAUUUAUCAUUCAAUUGAAGAUGUGCAUAUUUAUUAUUACAGGGUGUAUUUGGCCUAUGUACAUUAAUCAUAUUCAGUGCAUAUAAUCACUUUUGGGACCAUUAUGCGCCUGUAUUAGAAUUUUCAUCAGCUUUCCUCAUUUUUAGAUUUGUACAUGAUCAUUGGAAAAUACAAGGCAUUAUUGAAAGAUUUUGUGUUCAGUUGUAAUGAAUUUUUUUUUAAUGCUUUCAGUUAUUGAAUUUUUUAUUGGAUUUUUUUUUUUGGGGGGGGGGGUAUUUUUAUUUUUGUUUGUUUUGGAUUAAAUAUGAUAUUUGAACUCUUACACAAACAAUUUUCUUGCACAAUAUACUGUAUAUGGUGGUUGUGAUAAAUUAAAUGAGUCCAUUUCUUUCAAACAAUUUAGAACAUCCAACUUGUAACUGCUUAGUACAGCUUUUUUGAGUCAAAGUUUUAGUAUAGAACUUGUUUGAAUUAAUUUGAUGGAUGAUUUUAUUACCAGAUUAAUAUAAUAUUCAACCAUGCUGUUACCUGCUGUUUAUUAUAACAUUCCAGGUUCCAUACCAUACUGUGUGCUUAUCUACACCAAACUGUGAUGUGUGCUUGUCUGCACCAGGGCUUUGUGUUUGUCUGCACCAGACUGUAUGCUUGUGUGCACCAGACUGUAUGCUAGUCUGCAUGAGGCAGUGUGCUUAUCUGCACCAGACUCGAUCGUAACUACUCGGCUAUUUCCGUAACCGCAAAUGAACCUCGUAUGUGGAUCGAGACCAUCAGAGUCAAACUUCCACCAGAGUUCAUUUGCUCACAAAACCAAACUCUUCCACCUAGGCAUUAUGGGAUAGCGAUUUCUUAGGCCGCGUAUACUGUGACGUCACUGUAGAAUGACGAAAAAACAUAACGUCAAACGUAAACAACUUUCAAAACAAGAACGUAAACAUCAAGUUCAUUACUUUACACAAUAAUUUGAACAGAGUCUCCCUACUUUUUAAUGAUCUUUUGAUCAUUUUAUGUUUAAAAUAAAAUCCAUACUUUUAUAUCAAUGCUCUUAAUAUUUUAAAAUAUCUUCAAACUUUUAACUGCGAACUACUUCUUUAGUGUAAUUUGUCUGCGUGAUAAUCGCGGACUCACAAUAUACAAAUCUGUAUAUUGUGGUGCGUCACAUAGGAGAGGUCUAUUCGUAGGUGACGUAAUGAGGCCUCGACGGGGAGUUUGCAUCAGAGUCUGUUGCCAUGUGCACACAAAUGCAACUAUGACGUCACAGUCGUACGUUACAAUAUGAAGCGCGAGCUUUCAAAUGCAUCCAAGAUAUCAUACAUAUCUAACGUAUUCUAAUUUCCACUUAUAUGUUUAUGUAUUAGAGUGAAUAAGACGUUAAUGAUACCAAAACUGAAUCUGCGGUGAAAAUGUAAAUAAUACAUUAUACAGGGAUUUGGUUCUGGUCUUUUAACUUCAUCCACUGGCGUGCUUCUGGUGAAGAAAUGCAUCAUUUUGAUGUAAUUCUUGCGCCGAUCCACGUCCGAGUCUUCUUACCGGUUACGGAAAAGGAUGAGCGCAUGAUCAGAUUGCACCAGACUGUGCUUGUCUGCACCAGACUGUAUGUUUGUCUGCACCAGACUGUGCUUAUCUGCACCAGACUGUGCUUGUCUGCACCAGACUGUAUGCUUGCCUGCACCAGACUGUGCUUGCCUGCACCAGACUGUGCUUGUCUGCACCAGACUGUGUGCUUAUCCUCAUUAGACUGUGUUCUCUGUGUGCAAGAUCCUCAUCAUGUUCAUGGGUUUUCCUUCAGAUAUGAUAUACUUCUUAAGGGUGUGAAGAACUUAAUAUUCCAACUUUUUUUCUUCUGUUGAGUGUUGAUUAUGUCCCUGCCACAGGAAGAGGAUAUAGUGUUACUUGUCUCUAUGUAGUUACAAUGUCAUUUAUUGUAUUAUAGUUUUAUUGAUCUUAUGCCAUCAGAUGUCUAUUGAUUUCAUAGCUUACUAGACUUGGUUUUGCGGGUCUUGUAAAUUCUGAACUGAUUUUUUGAGUAUUAUCUGUAAAUUGAUAAGUUACAUAUUAAGUGUAUCGAUCUUAACUUGAAAUGUCCCAUUUGACUAUAAACCUUUAGGAGAGUUACCUUGGAAAAUUUCUUAGAAUUUUUCUUCAUAGAUUUAAUGGACUAAGUUUUUUUUAUUGUUUUGGUGUGCUGUGCUUGCAGAUGUUGAUCUGAUAAUUAGUUAUAGUUGUAUGUUGACGAGUUACAGAUCGGGUUUUAGUUUUGUUCUGAUUGACCCACUGUCAGCAGAAUGAUGGCCAUUGGACUUUGCAAAUUUCCUAGAAUUCUCAGUUUUCCAAAGUGUAUUUCCAUGCAGUUUUAGCCUACUUGUCUCUUAUGGCAUUGAAAAAUAGAACAUUCAGAAAAUUAAUUUUUUGUUUUAGACUUGUAUAGGACAUCUCUGUGGAUAUUUACCUACAUAUUUGUCCCAAAUGGCAUUCUUGUCGUUCCAACACAUCUAGUUUGAACAAAUUUUCUACACACAUUACAUAUAAUAUGUAUUGUCAUCUGAAUUUGCUCAUAUUUUAGAAACUUGCACGUUUUCAUAUUUGCAGUGGUGUUAUACUGGUUUUAGAUAUACACAAAGUAGAUGAUGUAUACUCUAGUAAAAAGCUCAUUGUAUCUUUCUCUGUUUUUAUCAAGGUAGUGCUGAAUUUACAAUGUAUGUACAGUGUACAAUAUGAAUAAAAUAAGUACGUUAGUUGAAUGGCUAAUGUGUGUGUAUCGGACUAAUCUUAAUUAUUCUCAUAUAGCCUAUAAAUAUAUGCAACAACAUUGUGACAGGCCAAUUCUAUUCAAACUUACAAUGUAUAUAAAUAUAUAGAUAUAUAUAUUAAUCAGAAUAUUAUUAUUAUUGUGUAUUUACAAACUUUUUAUUUAUUUAAGUUCACAUGUAUGUUUUUAUAAUUUUGAAUGUUAUUAUUAUAGUUCCACGUCCUGUUACAUUCAAUGUAAAACAGCCGUUGUUCCGAUGCAGUAUAUAUAAGGACAAAUCUUGGAUGUGCUUUCAUUCCAUUUAUUUAUUGAUACAUGUACAUAAAUUCUCUGAAUAAAACUUCUGAAUUUUA